ACUUAUCUCACACUUGGAAUAAAAAAUUAUUGUCCCAUCCAUAACUAAGACCUCUAUAAUCAAGUAUGACCAACCCCUUAUUAACAAUUCUAUUUCACCUAUUUAUUAUUUUCUUUUAUUCCCCCUUCAAUUUUCUUUAUUUGAAAAAACACCACCAAAAAUAUAAAUAGUUCUCAUUUACUCCUCCAAUUAAUUAGGUAUCACAACAAACUUUCUGAACACCACUUUUCUCCACACAAACAAAAUCAAAUGAAAAUGAAAAGAAACAAAGGCAAAGUCCAUCCCUUCACUUCUUCUGCCGGCGGCGAUUCUCUCUCUGUACUAAACCUACUGCCGGCGGCGAUUCUCUCUCUAGUUUCACUUCUCUCUCUAGAAGACCGAGAAGUUCUCGCCUACAUGGUGACAAGAUCCCUCAAAUCCACAAACCCUUCCUUCCUUCCUUCCCAAGACAAGAAAACCACCACCACCGCCGCCGCCAAACGGUGUAGUUUCGACGGCAAAUCGCCGCCGCUCUUCGACUGCGACUGCUUCCACUGCUACACCAGUUUCUGGUUCCGGUGGGAUUCUUCCCCCAACCGCGAGCUCAUUCACCAAGCAAUCGAGUCUUUCGACGACCGUCUGAACGACGGCGAGCUGCUCAGUUUCCGCCGGAAUAAGAGGAAGGAUAGAAUGGGUCGUCGGAAGAGUGAGAGGUUAAGCGGCGGCGCCGCCGCCGGCGGCGGCGGCCCUGAAUUUCCGGCGGUUGAGUCGCAAGAAACCCUUGGUGUUGUUCUGCCGGAGGAGAGUGUUGAUGUUGGGGAGGAGUUUAGUGGGCACGUGGGAGUGGCGGCGCCGGCGGAUGAAUUAGUGGCGGCGCCGGCGGUGGUUGUGCGGAACCACAAGGGAUUGGCUAGAAAAGUGCUGCCGGACGUCAUGGGGAUAUUUAGUUCGCGUUUAUGGAGUCUUUGGAGUCCGAAGUAAGGAAAUAAUAAAAAAAAGGUGAAAAUUUGUAUUCUACUCUUUUUUUAAUAUUCGUAAUCCGAAUAUGUAAAACUCUUUUUGUUUUUUGUUUUUUUUUUAAAUAUUUUAAUGUUCAAUUUUUGUUGCGUUUGUAAUCAAUUUUUCAUUUUAUGACUUGGAGAUUCAAACCAAAGUCAUUUUUUUUUUGUUGUUUGUAUAUUUUUCAGCAAAAUAAAGUCAAAUUUUUCAUGGUGAAAAAUGAGAAAAUCCGUUUUAAUUUUUUAUUUUCUUUGUUAACUUAGGAAAGUGUAUUAUUUACUUGAUAGUGAUGCAUUAGUUUUGAGGUGAAUAAAUGCUAUAAAACUAAAUAUUUAAUGUU